AUGAGCCCCAAACGAGCACAGCACAGUUUUCUCUCUUUCUCUCGUUCCCAGGUGAUAUCUGCGGUAUCCAGGCUCUCCUUCCACAGUAUUGCACAAACGAAAGGAAUUAGGCCUUUCCCUUCGGAGGAGACCACAGAGAACGAUGACGAUGUCUAUCGGAGCCUGGAGGAGCUGGCGGACGAGCAUGAUCUGGGGGAGGAUAUUUAUGACUGUGUCCCCUGUGAAGAUGAAGGCGAUGAUAUCUAUGAAGAUAUCAUCAGAGUGGAAGUUCAACAGCCCAUGAUUAGGUACAUGCAGAAAAUGGGAAUGACAGAAGAUGACAAAAGAAAUUGCUGCUUGCUAGAAAUUCAAGAAACCGAGGCCAAAUACUACAAAACACUUGAAGAUAUAGAGAAGAACUACAUGAACCCACUGAAGCUGGUACUGACCCCCCAGGACAUGGAAGCAAUUUUUAUCAAUUUGGAGGACCUCAUUAAAGUGCACUUCAAUUUCCUGAGAGCCAUCGAUGUCUCUAUGAUGUCUGGAGGAAGCAGCCUGGCAAAAGUGUUUCUGGAAUUCAAAGAAAGGCUCCUGAUUUACGGCAAGUACUGCAGCCACAUGGAGUAUGCACAGAACACGCUCAACCACCUCCUCGCGAACCGGGACGACGUGCGGCAGAAGGUGGAGGAAUGCACGCUGAAGGUUCAGGAUGGGAAAUUCAAACUGCAAGAUCUGCUGGUGGUUCCAAUGCAAAGAGUUUUGAAAUAUCAUCUCCUUUUAAAAGAGCUGCUCAGCCAUUCCUCCGACCGGCCGGAAAAGCAACAGCUCAAGGAAGCCCUGGAGGCGAUGCAGGACUUGGCCAUGUACAUAAACGAAGUAAAAAGAGACAAAGAGACUUUAAAGAAAAUCAGUGAAUUUCAGAGCUCCAUAGAAAAUCUGCAAGUGAAACUGGAGGAAUUCGGGAGGCCCAAGAUAGACGGUGAAUUGAAGGUCCGCUCCAUAGUAAACCAUACGAAGCAGGACAGGUAUUUAUUUUUGUUUGAUAAAGUGGUGAUCGUUUGCAAAAGGAAAGGGUACAAUUAUGAGCUGAAAGAAAUUAUUGAGCUGCUCUUCCACAAGAUGACAGACGACCCUAUGAACAACAAGGACAUUAAAAAGUCCCAUGGAAAAAUGUGGUCGUACGGCUUCUACCUGAUCCACCUCCAAGGAAAGCAGGGCUUCCAGUUCUUCUGCAAGACGGAAGAAAUGAAGAGGAAGUGGAUGGAGCAGUUUGAGAUGGCAAUGUCCAACAUAAAGCCAGAGAAAGCCAAUGCCAAUCACCAUAGCUUUCAGAUGUACACGUUUGAGAAGACUACCAACUGCAAAGCGUGCAAGAUGUUCCUAAGAGGGACGUUUUACCAGGGCUAUCUUUGCCCGAAAUGUGGAGCAGGUGCUCAUAAGGAAUGCCUGGAAAUCAUCCCCCCCUGCAAGAUUGGUUCUUCAGCAGACCAGGAGUCUCUGGGUGCAGGACCUGGUCCUAAAAUGGUGGCAGUGCAGAACUAUCACGGCAACCCCGCGCCUCCCGGGAAGCCGGUGCUCACGUUCCAGACCGGAGACGUGAUCGAGCUGCUGAGGGGGGACCCGGACUCACAGUGGUGGGAGGGAAGGCUGCUGCAGACGAAGAAGUCAGGCUAUUUUCCCAGCUCGUCGGUAAAACCCUGUCCUGUUGACGCAAGGCCUCCCAACAGCCGGCCUCCGUCGCGAGAGAUCGACUACACGGCGUAUCCUUGGUUUGCAGGGAACAUGGAGCGGCAGCAGACGGACAACCUGCUCAAGUCCCACGUGAGCGGCACCUACUUGAUUCGGGAGAGGCCGGCGGAGGCCGAGCGCUUUGCCAUCAGCAUUAAGUUUAACGAGGAAGUGAAGCACAUCAAGGUGGUGGAGAAGGACAACUGGAUUCACAUCACAGAAGCCAAAAAAUUUGAAAGCCUUCUGGAGCUGGUCGAAUACUACCAGAGCCACUCACUGAAAGAGAGUUUUAAGCAGCUGGACACAACGUUAAAAUACCCGUACAAGUCUCGGGAACGUUCUACCUCCAGGACCUUCACACGCUCUCCAGCCUCCUGCGCUUCCUACAACUUUUCUUUUCUCAGUCCUCAGGGCCUCAGCUUUUCUUCUCCGACCUCCUCCUCCUCUCCCUUCUGGUCAGUGUUCACGCCACGAGUCAUAGGGACGGCGGUGGCGCGGUACAACUUUGCAGCGCGGGACAUGCGGGAGCUCUCCCUGCGCGAGGGCGACGUGGUGAAGAUCUACAGCAGGAUAGGCGGCGACCAGGGAUGGUGGAAGGGGGAGACCAACGGCAGGGUCGGCUGGUUUCCCUCAACCUACGUGGAAGAGGAGGGGGUACAAUGAUGGUGGCGAUGUCUGGUGGGAAGUCAUCGAGCGCCCAGCGCGAGCCGCUGCCGACCGCGCACCGUUGUCCCAACAUCCAAGGC